AUACAAUGUAGAUUGAUAACGGUUUGUUGUAGGACUGUGAAGUCAUAUUUGAAUUAGUUAAUGAAUCAAUCUAUUACUGUGUUUCGAUGAACGUGUUAAACAAUUCUGAAGCAAAGGGCUGCCUUUCGUAGCACAGGUACAUACACACCAGUAAUAUAACGAACCAUCCAGUCGUAUCCAUCAACUGUGUACGUCAGACUGUUCCAGUGCCAUUCCUGUCUUUGGACUAGGUACCCAGCAUUCGAUUGAUUUUUCAAUCAAUAAACAAGGAACUGCUAGAGGGUAUACGUAUAGCCCGUACAAUAAACUUGUCUGCGACCCGGAGUCUGAGGUUGGCCAUGCAUCCGAAACGGACGAUAGAGUUAUAGAGACGGAUAUAAUAACAUCCCGCAAGUGGAGACAAUGAGCAGGAAUACAUUUGUGAAUACAUUAUGAUUGAUUACAAAUCGAAAGUCAUCGUAAACAGAUAUCAAGGGAUUUACCCGACUUCUACUUGUUCCUAACUCCAACCCCCUCCCCCCUCCUCGGACACCCUAGAGUCAGGUCAGGCAGAAGGAACUUCGGUGAACUGUGAACCGCUCCAUUUUUAACUAUCUGUUGUAAAGCUACCCCAGGUGUUCCAUAGAGAUGCGGAUCUCGCCUAGGAGUGUUUUCAAUUUGCUUUGUAUGACAUUUGCCGUCUAUACUCUUGUUUUCAUCCUUCAAGUGUUUACUCCUACCAUCAGCUACCACAAGCCGACGUAUAAAGAAGAUCUGGAAAAUUUUACAUACAGAGAUGCCAGCAGUCGAGCAUUUACUACUGUUAGCAAUAGUAACACUCAUCUACAUGUAGGUGCUGAAGAAAACAAUAUUUCAAAGAUCUCAGAUGCACAUUUACAUAAAUUAGACUGGAAGCUGCUAGAAGACAUGUUUUUUAAAAUCAAUCACAAAGAAGCAUUACUUUUUGGAAAAUUUAGGGAAAAACCAGGUUUUCUGACAAUAGGCAUUCCUUCGGUGAAAAGAAAGGAUGUUUCCUAUAUAGAGACCACAUUGGACUCAUUGGUGAUGCACACGCCUCCUCAAGAGCAGGAACAGGUUGUGAUUGUCGUUUUCUUCACGGACAGCAAUCACACAUGGGUAGUGAAACGAGCCACGGAAAUCUAUCACAAAUAUAAAACAUAUGUGGAUUCAGGAUUUAUGCAAAUUGUUCAUCCACCUCACAUUGCGUAUCCAAAUUUCAAGUAUUUGGAGAGAAAGUUCAACGACAGCUCGGCACGAGUAGCUUGGAGAAGUAAACAGAACCUGGAUUACUCAUAUCUUAUGACGUACACUAGAAAUAUAUCUAAAUACUAUAUUCAGCUUGAAGAUGACGUCAUCACAACAUCGGGUUAUCUCGGCAAAAUUAAGAAUUUUAUCGCUUAUAAUUUAAAAAAGACGUGGCUUUUUCUUCGUUUCUCUGGAUUGGGAUUUAUAGGUGUUUUGUUUAAAAGUUCAGAUUUACCAAAGGUAGCAGAAUUUUUACUGGUUCUCUUUGACGAAAGCCCAGGCGAUUUGUUAAUAAAUGAUCUGAAAAAAAUCAAAGGACAGGCAAAAGAUUAUCGCUCGAGACCUUCCUUGUUUCAACAUCUUGGCCUUGUAUCGUCUUUGGAAAAUAAAAUUCAGAAAAUACAGGAUCGGGAUUUCCCAGGUUAUAGGAAGCGGAAAGAAAUAGGAUGGACGCCUGACUCUCCAAACCCAAAUGCUGAAAUUCAUACCAAUAUGGACCAUUACAAGAAUUUUCAACCUGAAGCAGCUUAUUUCUCCAGUGCUCGUAAUUAUUUCUGGACUGUAGACCCUAAAAAUGGUUCAUUUUUCAGAAUCAUAUUUCAAAAGUCUAUCAACAUUUCAUCCAUAUCAAUAUAUAGCGGAAACAGUAAGCACCCAGACGACAAAUUGACGUCAUCGACGUCGGUGAGUGUGUCGAAUGUAGGUAAAGAGGGUGGCGAAAAGUGUGCAGAGAGGAAAAACAUUGGAAAGUUCGAGAAUGGCGAAUUCCAUUACAAUGCGACGAACUAUCUUCACAGUAUAAAGUGCGUCUCCAUUGACAUCAAUGAAGAUCAGACAACAUGGAUUAUUCUAAGGGACAUCUUUAUUAAGACAAAAACGUAACCGUUCAGUGUCCGUUAAAACUACCACAUUGUUCAACUUCUGAGUUAACUACCCAAGUCAUGGUCUUUCAAAACGAACUGUGUUGUUUGUAGUAAUAUUUGACAAAUGUAUUUCUGCCAUACAGAAGGGCAUUAAAAAAUUAAGGAAUGUGUAUUAUCAAUAAAAUGUCAAUGAGGAAUGAGUAAAAGCCUUGAAGUCCCAAAUUACUUUGUUGUGUAAUAUACAUGUAAAACGACGUAUCAAUAACCUAAUCAUUUAUAUUUCAUUUCACUUCUGUAUGGCAAACUCGCUAAAAACUCAACUUUAUGAGAUUUAUAUGGGUCGUAAAAAGUAUAGUCCACUAUGCAUCUAUAUUAAUUAUACAUUGAAACGAUGUAUAAAAAAAACAAUGUCUGAUUUUUAUUCCAUGCAAAAGUUUACUUAUCAGAAAAGUUGAAUUAUA